AUGGCUGCAGCAGGAGGAGACCAGAAUAGGCAUCGUCGCCGUGCCAACUCCCACCAGCCGUCCGAGGCAAAAGAAGGCGGAGGAAAAGAUACUCUCCCACGCCGAUCCGGCUCACUCAGGGAGCGGUACCCGGGGGAUAUGUCCCACCGGCCGCUGGCCAUGCUCACCAAGCAGCACCGGGCAGCGGACCGGGCGCCGCACCUACACAACCACCGCCGCCAGCAGCCGAGCGACACCAUCGACACGCUUGACAUCACGGGGCCCGUCCCGUCCGUGUACCACCAUAGCGGCCCGUUCGACGCCACCCUCAAAUCGCGCAACACCAACAAGAAGUACUCCCCCGUCGAGGCCGUCAAGGAGACCAACGCCAAGGCCCUCAAGGCCACCCCGCCCGAGUACAUCCAAGACUCGCUCGUGAAGCACAUGCCUCUGCAAGGCACCGCCGUCGUCCCGCCGGGUAUGAAGGACAUGGCCGGGCGCACCAUGCACUACGAAGAGGGCGCCGACAUGAUGCGCGAGGAGGACGCUGCCGGCGGUGCCUACAAGCGGUGGGAGCACAUCCGCUACCACCCCGACGACUUCAAAGGCAAAGGCGAGCCCUCCUUCUCGCACGACCAAGCCCGCCGCGCCAAACAACCCACCACCGACAGCACCGGGACCGUCUCCUACGAGAUGCAACCCACCACCACCGCCUCCUCCUCGUUGUUAUCGCGCGACUAUGACCACAACGACGACUAUGGCUAUGGCCAUGGUAAGGCUGAGGAGGGUGUCAUGGUCGCCGCUGUGCGCCGCCGGAGCAUGACUGGUCUCGACAGAAGUGCAUCCACAAAACGACAACAGCCCUCAACCCCAACCCAAUCCUCACUCAAUCACCUUUUCCCUCUCUCUUCCCCACCCCCUAUUUAUCCCCCGCUGAACCCAUCUCCCCUGCCCAUCGCCCGCCCGCCCUCACAUGGAGCGCCCCCCGACCGUGUAGAACUACCUGCGCAACACCCCCCUCAAAAAGGGCCAACCCCGCCGACCACAGCCCGGGUCGAAGACAUCGACGACGCGUUCCAGUGUAGUCUCCCCGUCACCAUCGAGUACCCCGACCUGACCUCCGCUUCUCGCCGCGCCAUCUGGGGCAACUUCCUCCGGGGGUCGACCAUCAAGAGCUCGCUCACCGACAAGGACAUCCACGAGCUGGCCGAGCUCAAACUCAACGGCCGGCAGAUCAAGAACGUGCUCAAGACGGCGCAGCUGCUUGCGGCCCCGGAAGAAGAGCGAGACGCUGGACCGGAAGUUUAUCGAGACAAUUCUGAUCAUCGAGAAGGAAGCGGCAAGGUGCCCCUGCAGCAGAUGAUGCAUUACCUCUAA